GACCCACCCAAAAAAUAUACCCAAAACCACCCCCCCCGACGACCGACCGAGCUCGACAAAUCUACACUAACACAUCGCAGCAAUGGCAGUCGCGAAGUCCGGUAUCGCCUACGGGCCCAACAAGGGAUACAACAAGCUCACUCCCCGCGACCCCAAGGCAAAGAUCUCCCGCCGCAAGGGACACCUUUCCAAGCGCACACAGUUCGUCCGCGAGAUCGUUAAGGAGGUUGCUGGUCUCUCCCCCUACGAGCGCCGUGUCAUUGAGUUGCUCCGCAACUCCAAGGACAAGCGUGCCCGCAAGCUCGCCAAGAAGAGGCUUGGAACCUACGGACGCGCCAAGAGAAAGGUCGACGAGUUGACGAACGUCAUUGCCGAGUCCAGGAGGCACUAAACGGUGUCGCUUUUCGGAGAAUGCUGUUUUUCCGUCGGGGGCUUAGUGACGUACGUGGUUGAGCAAAUAAAAAUACGAAAAAAGCUUUAACUUCGUCGCACAAAAAUCGUUCUCUUUUCACGUUUCACGUUUCGUUCGGGAUACUUGCGGUGUUACUACUUGUUGCUUUAUGGGUUUGGGGCGGGGGUGAGAAGGGGGGA